AUCCGACGCCAUCAGAACAUCGAAAUCGGGCAGUAACGAAAGCAAUUGCAUCGGUUGUGAAUAUGGUGGCAUUUGCUUCGACCGCUGGCAAAUAUUUAAUUACCACGCCGCAUUAAGAGCGGCCCAGGCGUAAAAGUGAUAGAACAAUCCAACGAAUACACUGCCAACACUCGUUUAGAAAGUAAUUCCCUUGAGAGAGUAAUCACCAAUAGUCAAAAGCCAAUAGCCAAAAGCCAGUCAUCAUGAAGCUCUUGUGUUGCGGUGGCAGCAAUGGAACCAUGGACAUGGAGGCCAAAAACUCCACCAAAGAGGAUGAGGCCGUGGGCAAACACUCCGGCUUGGGCAUCCGCCACUUCCAGAUCUUCCUGCUCUUCUUCGCCCUCACGGUGGCCUAUGCCCUCCGAGUGAACCUCUCCGUGGCUGUGGUGGCCAUGACCGAUGCCGCGUCCGUGAAUCCCGAUUUUCCCGAGUACAACUGGUCGGAGAAGACGAAAUCCCUGCUGCUGAGUAGUUUCUUCUGGGGCUAUGUGAUCACCCAAGUGCCGGCGGGUCAAUUGGCGAGGAAAUAUGGCGGCAAGGUGAUGAUCCUGUCGGGACUGGCCAUCUGCUCGGUCCUGAACAUCCUGACACCCAUUUGCGCCAGGAUCGGAGGCUGGCAGCUGGUCUGCGCACUGCGUGUGGUGGAGGGUCUGUGCCAGGGAGUGGUCUUUCCCUCCACCCACACGAUCCUCUCCCACUGGGCGCCGCCCAAGGAGAGGGCCACGUUGGGCACCUGUGCCUACUCGGGUAACCAGUUCGGAACGAUCAUCAUGCUGGCCACCAGUGGUGUAAUCGCAGCUUCGCCCAUCGGCUGGCCCAGCAUCUUCUAUAUCUCGGGAGGAAUUGGAUGCGUGUGGUCGGUGGUGUACUUCUUCUUUGGCGCAGGAUCGCCACAAGAGUGCAAGAGCAUCUCGGCUGAGGAGAAGAAGCUGAUCGAGAUGUCGCAGGCCGACGAGCUGACCGGUGACCAGGAGCGGCCCAAGGAGCUGUUGCCCACGCCCUGGCUGAGCUUCUUUACGUCACCCGCCUUCCUCGUGCUGAUCGUCGCCCACUCGGUGCACAACUGGGGUUUCUGGACCCUUCUCACCGAGAUCCCCAGCUACAUGAAGAACAUCCUGGGCAAGGACAUCAAGUCGAAUGCUCUCCUCUCCGCGCUGCCCUACGUCUGCAUGUUCGCCAUGUCCUUUGUAUUCUCAUCGAUAUCCGCCCAGUUGAACAACCGAAACUGCAUUUCAAGAGUGACGAGCAGGAAGCUCUUCAACUCCAUUGGUCUGUGGAUUCCCAUGGUCACCUUGAUUGGCUUGGCCUACGUCAACCCAGAUCAGUCCGAGCUGGCCGUGGUCCUUCUCUGCUUCACCGUGGGCAUGAACGGAGCCACCUACCUGGGCUACAACAUGAACCACAUCGAUCUGUCGCCCAACUUCGCUGGCAUCCUCAUGGGCAUCACCAACGGUGUGGCCAACAUCAUGAGCAUCAUUGCCCCGCUGAUCGUGGGAUUCAUUGUCACAGAUGAGCACGAUCCCGAGCAGUGGCGCAUUGUGUUCUUCAUUGCGGCCGCCUUCUACCUGGUGGGCAAUACUCUGUACGUGAUCUUCGGCAAGGCGAAUGUCCAGCCCUGGAACGAUCCUCCGGCGAAGCCUCGUCGCAACUCCACGCCCCAGGUGGAGUCGCAGCACUAGAUGCACGGAUGACGGGGACUUAGUUAAAUGGGUACCGAAACUACUAGUCAGCUAGUUCCGCUCUCCUAUAAAAUCCAAAACUAUCUACCCUAUUUGCAGCCGGGUGCAAUGCAUUCUCGCAUUGGCCGUGUAUAUUUGUAAAGUGUAUUUGUUAACUGUGACUACUUCGUAUUUGCAUUCCACUCGUCUUAAGUUUUAGUUUGUUAAUGCUAUGUGAUAGGAUUACCCAUGCAAAAAAAGAAAAAAACAAAAAAUUCAA